AUGAGUACACAUCACUCGCACCGGUGCUUCCUGGACCACCGACUAUGCGUGGGCAGCGGACUCGGGUCCGUCGCGUUUAUAACACAUGUCGUGUAUUCUUUAGAGCCGAGAGGAGUAUCGCCUUCGCAUAAGAAUCAUGAUGGGCCCGUCCUCCAACCGAUCACACUUUGACCUCCAAUCUUCCGACAUUCUCCUUCAUCGACAUUUACGAGCAAAAUCAUGGACGCUUUCACAGGGACCGUAAAACCGCUGUUGCAACCGCUCACUGCGAAAUCGCUCACUAUCCAUGGCCUCGUGAAGGACUAUAGCGGCAAAGCUGCUGCUCUCAGAAUGCCGAGAGAGAUUUCACAUCUGCGACAGUGGUAUACGGCGGCUGUGUCCUAUGAAUCCGAGCCCAAGGAUCUUAGUCCGCCAGAUUCCCCGUCCAUACUCUCACCCGACAGCCAUCUCGAUCUUCAUCUGCAUGUUGGUGAAGUCUUGCGUGACGGGGAGAGCCACACUAUCUACAGGGUCUGUCAUGGGGUGUCGCAUGAACCCUCUGAGGCGGCCUACAGUUUUCCGCCCAUGGUGAUCAAGGUCUCCGCGGAAUUAGAAGGCCAGCAUCUGGCGGAAGAGGCAGCGAUGUACGACUAUCUGCACUCUUUGCAAGGCGUCGUCAUUCCGCGCUGUUAUGGCUACUUCCGGUGCUUCGUCAACCUCCUCGAGCACGUCGUCAUCCCGUGGGCCCCGGAGUGCACGUUCCCGCGGGAUAAGAAAACGAUCAACAUGUUCAGGAUGCCCAAUCAAAUGGCGAGCUUGAACGUCCUGCUGUUGGAGGAUGUAGGCGAACCUCUUCCAUUAUAUUCGACCCCCCAGCAACUCAAAGAGCUCGAGCAGGACUUAUUCGACAUGAGCAAGGAGCUGUGCCAACUGCAGGUUGACUAUACCGAUUGGGAGUGUUCCAACAUCCUUCGCGCGUACGAGCAGCCUAAAGGCAUCGCCGGCCUUCCGUCUUCCAGGAACAACCGCACCUACAAAUACCGCAUCAUCGAUUUCGAGACGGCUUGUACAACUGAGGCAAUCCGCCCGGAGGCGAUCCACAAGAGGUGUAGGUCCUUCUAUAACGAAAUUAUCGCGAAAGUCCGGAACAGCAGUAUACAGUCUAUGGGCUAGAGCUAUCAACAUCGGUCACUUGGUAGGAUAUUAUACUGGUGUAGGGAUAUCAGCUGUGUUAUCUUCACAUACAACGUCGAUUUGAUGAACUCUCGCCGUACGUCUCCCCUAGGCAGACUCUCAAUACGACAAGACGUCUCGAAGUCGAGUCCACUGGCAGCUGGAGCCACGUCAUCGCCGAAAGCUAACCCGGCCUAUAAGGCCAUACAAGACCCUUAUAAGCGGCGG